UGAAUCUAUCUUGUGUCGUCUUCAUCAUGACGCUCUUUACUUCAAUUUUCUAUUUCCAAACCCAACCGAAUUUUCUGUAUCAUACCAUACCCAAUUGGAUUUUACUCAUCAAUACAACGCUGUUCUGCAAAUGUCGCAUAGUUUCGCUCUUUUCCUUUCCCCCCUUCCCAGUUCCCGCCUUAUAGUUUCUCUUUCCAAAACCCUCUAUUCGGUUUGCACAAUCAUGUUCCAUUCGCUAGCUGGGUAUGCAGACACUUCUGAUCAAUUAUGAGUGCUCACAUACUUUUGCAUUUUGUGUAUUUUUUUUAAUGUAAAUUUGUGAUGGAAAUGGGUUCUUUAAACUGUGUCGUCAUCGUGUUAGUGCAUGGAAGUGAUAUAAAUGAUUAGUCUUGUCGUGUUUUUCCAUGUUAUCUUCUUUUCUUCAUUAUCUUGGGGGAGUUAUGAUAGUAUUUUCCCAUUUUCUUGCUUAGAAUAACAACUAAUGCUAUGUGGUGAGUUUGGUUUGGGUUGGUCAUAUCAACUUUAUAAGUUGAUUUCAUGAAAUCCAAAAGCCUCAUGUUGAACCAUCCAUUUCUCCAAAAGUUGCAAAAAUGCGACAGCCUCAACACCCUUAAGCAAGCCCAUGCUCAAAUGGUAACAACUGGUCAUUCAUUCCAGACAUACUAUCUCAGUCACCUCCUUAACACAUCCUCCAAAUUUGACUCAACCUAUGCUCUUACCAUCUUUAAUUGUAUCCCAAGCCCAACAGUUUUCCUCUACAAUACACUCAUUUCUUCAUUGACUCGUCAGAGUGACCAAAUUCAUCUAGCCUUCUCACUUUAUAACCGGAUUCUCACCCACAAGACCCUCCAACCCAAUAGCUUCACUUUUCCCUCCCUCUUCAAGGCUUGUGGCUCUGAUCCAUGGCUCCAACACGGUCCUCCUCUCCAUACCCAUGUUUUGAAAUUCCUUCACCCCCCUUAUGAUCACUUUGUCCAAGCUUCGUUGCUCAAUUUCUAUGCUAAAUAUGGAAAAUUGUGUGUGUCAAGAUAUCUGUUCAAUCAAAUUAGUGAACCUGACCUUGCUACAUGGAAUACCAUGUUGUCUGCCUAUGCACAAAGUGCAAGUCAUAUUAGUUACUCCACCAGUUUUGAAGAUGCUGAUAUGUCCUUAGAGGCAUUGUAUUUGUUCAGUAACAUGCAGUUGUCUCAGAUAAGGCCUAAUGAAGUUACACUUGUGGCAUUGAUUAGUGCAUGUUCUAAUCUAGGUGCACUUAGUCAGGGUGCGUGGGCACAUGGUUAUGUUUUAAGGAACAAUCUUAAACUGAAUCGUUUUGUGGGAACUGCGCUGGUGGAUAUGUAUUCCAAAUGUGGCUGUCUGAAUCUAGCCUGUCAAUUGUUUGAUCAGCUGUUUGACAGGGACACAUUUUGCUACAAUGCCAUGAUUGGGGGGUUUGCAGUUCAUGGUCAUGGUAAUCAGGCACUUGAACUGUAUAGAAAGAUGAAACUUGAGGGCAUAGUUCCGGAUGGUGCAACUUUUGUAGUUACUAUGUUUGCCUGCUCUCAUGGUGGAUUGGUAGAGGAGGGCCUGGAGAUUUUUGAGUCAAUGAAGGGGAUCCAUGGGAUGGAGCCAAAACUUGAGCAUUAUGGAUGCCUAAUUGAUCUUCUUGGCCGAGCUGGGAGAUUAAAGGAGGCAGAGGAGAGGUUACAAGAUAUGCCCAUGAAACCGAACGCAAUUUUGUGGAGGUCUUUACUUGGAGCAGCAAGACUUCAUGGCAACUUAGAGAUGGGGGAAGCUGCUCUCAAACACUUAAUAGAGCUAGAACCAGAAACAAGUGGAAACUAUGUUCUUCUGUCUAACAUGUAUGCUAGCAUUGCUAGGUGGAAUGAUGUGAAGAGAGUGAGGAUGCUGAUGAAAGAUCGUGGGGUUGACAAAUUGCCUGGAUUUAGCUUGGUGGAGAUUAAUGGUGCCAUGCAUGAGUUUCUCACAGGUGAUAAAGCUCAUCCAUUUUCAAAAGAAAUAUGUUUGAAGAUCGGGGAGAUAAAUAGAAGGCUACAAGAAUAUGGUCACAAGCCAAAAACAUCAGAAGUUUUGUUUGAUGUAGAAGAAGAAGAUAAGGAAGAUUUCCUCUCUUACCACAGCGAAAGGCUAGCUAUAGCGUUUGCACUAAUAUCAUCUUCUUCAAGUUUGCCUAUAAGAAUUAUAAAAAACCUGAGAGUUUGUGGGGAUUGCCAUACUAUUACCAAGCUAAUAUCAUCGGCAUAUCAAAGAGAUAUUAUAGUUAGAGAUCGAAAUCGGUUUCACCAUUUUAAGGAUGGCAGUUGUUCUUGUCUAGAUUACUGGUGAUACCUUUUUCACCUUACAACAAAAUCAAUACCUGAAAGAAUAGUAUAGUUUGCUACGUUAACAGAUGACAUGAGGAAAACUUCCAUCAGCUCAUAUGAAUCCAAAUUUUUCUGGAAAUUAAUUUUUGUUAUUUAUUUCUGUAAUAUAUAUACUUGAUUUUUCAGUAGCCGAAUCAUAAUUUCAAUAACUUAUAAGAAAGUGUCCAUCUAAUUUUUGUCAACUUCAUUCAUAGUAACCAUGGAAGAGAUGAUGUAAAAGAGUUAUGAUUCUGGAAAACUAAUUCAAGACAUCAUGUCUAAUUUUAUUAAUUGGAGAGUGAAUGAGUCAAUAUUUAUAUUUUAUACUGUACCACUUAUCUAUGAUUAUUGUGGUAAAUUGUUGGCUAUUGCUGCAGAAAAGUUGCAUUUUUUGAUUAUUUAAAUGCGCAUAUUCAUUCAUUUGUUUUUCCUUUUGGGACGAUACUUUUCUUUGCGGCCAGAGUUAUUUUCCUUGUCUAUUUUAUCCUCAUUAGAAAUAAAAUUUCUUUAAUUUGAUCUGUUCUUUUAUGCAGACUUGUAUGCAAAAGAAUAUCUUUGGUAAUCAUCCAGUUUCAUUGUCAGUUACAGAAUCAAGACAUCCUUUAUACACUUCAGUUUCAAUGAUUAGUGGGGAGUAUCAUUGAAACUCAGACUCAGUUGGAUGGGGAUACUCACCAACUCGGUCACAACCAUCUACACUUUCAGUGACACAAUGUGGAGAUAGAUAGCGUUAAUACAGCAGGAUAUUUCAUGAAGGGCUCAACCGCUCAAGUCCUGUUGGUCAUGUUGACCCCAUGAGGGAGGGCUCUCUCCAUGUUGAACGACAGAAUUCUGAAAUCUCAUACGGUGCUGCUGAUGAGGGGAAUUAUAAAAAGAUUCAAAAAGAGGUCCGUUCCUGCAUGAGUUCUUGGAGCGUUGCUUCCUUUUUGGUAUAGUGCUUUAACUACUCUAUCAGUGACUGACUGCAGUUGCAAGGAAAGAUGCAUCAAAUGCAACCGAAGCCUCAGAGGGCCGUGCAGAGCAUCAAAGAUAAUCAAGGAUUAACCCGAGAAGAAUCCUUCUAAUUACAAUCAUGUAUAACUUUUCCUUCUCUUCAUGUAUAUAAUAUGUAAUAAUCCGAAGUAGGAAGUGCACCGGGGGGAAAAUGAAAGAAAAAAAAAAAAAAAGAUUCUGAAAUUUGUGCUAUUAAAGUUAGUGUUUCAAAUUUUGAAUAUAGAAAUUUUGACACUUAUACUAAAUACAUUUGUUUUUAUCUUCUGCUUUUAUUUUAUUUUUUUUUAUCUUUACGUAUAUCAAAAAGAUUUUAACUAGAAUAUUCAAUGUAAAAGUUUUUUUACAUUAUCAGAA